AUGACCUCAAUACAGUCCGCACAUACUUUACAGACUGUAUCUACAAUCUCUGCCGGAAUAUUUCUAUUGAUUCUACCUGUUAGGAUUUGGAAGCUGUAUAAAUCUCGCAUUAGGAAUACUCACAGCUGGCAGGGACCGUUCAAAGCUGUCGGCGCUUGGGAUAUGGCUCUCGAUCAUGCUGUCCUUACAUUGGACGAAUCUCUGGAACUCGGAGACUCAGCACAAGACCGGACUCUUGAUUUCACUAUCUACUUCUAUUCUUGCUACCCUUGGCCUAAGUCUACUUCUACAUCUGGAGAAUCGUCGACAUCAUAG